GACUGCGAGCGCGAGCGCCGCGCCGGACGGAGCCAGCGACAGGCAGGCAGGCAGACAGACAGGCGCGGACGGGUGGAGAGAUAGAGAGACGGAGCGACGCCGGGCGGGUGCGAGAGCGCGCGCCACAGCACGGAUACACAUAAAUAUCUGUCGUAACAUCAUUCGAGCGUCUAACCCUGAGCAGCGGUCCGCAGACUUGUUCAUGUGCUGCUGAUUCUGCAGGUUCACCAUGAAGAUCCGGCUGUCUCUGGCAGCUGCCGCCUUCCUCGCGGUGCUGGUGGCUCCAGUCGAGGCUCAAGUGGAGCCCCCCUCAGACUUGAAAUUUAAAAUUCUAAAUGAAAACACUGUGCAAAUGUCAUGGAAACAGCCAUCGUCACAGAUAGAGGGCUUCAGAAUACAAGUGGUAUCGGAUGCAGAAGAAAUACCAAAAGAGUUAACCCUUCCUGCUUCUGCAACGAAGACAUCCAUCACAGACCUGACCCCAGAACUAGACUAUGUGGUAACGAUCACUUCGUACUACGGGGCAGAGGAAAGUCUACCCAUCUCGGGCCAGCUCACAAUCCAGUCAAGUGGUGCAGAUGGAACCCAGAGGAGACCACAGCCCACAAGUGCAGUUAAGUGCUCUGUCAGUACCAUUGGGGACCUGGUAUUCCUGGUGGAUGGCUCCUGGAGUGUGGGAAGGGAGAACUUCAGGUACAUCCGCAGCUUCAUCAGCGCCAUGGCAGGAGCUUUUGACAUUGGCGAGGACAAGACCAGAGUGGGCGUGGUGCAGUACAGCACUGACACCCGCACCGAAUUCAACCUGAACCAGUACUUCAAACGGGGUGAACUGCUCAGAGCCAUCAACUCCUUACCUUACAAGGGUGGAAACACCAUGACAGGUGAUGCCAUGGAUUUCUUGCUGAGAAAUUCAUUCACGGAAGCAGCAGGCGCCAGGAGAGGCUAUCCAAAGGUGGCUAUGAUUAUUACAGAUGGGAAGUCCCAAGACCCCGUCCGGGACCAUGCCCGAAAACUCAGGAAUGCAGGGGUGGAGAUUUUUGCUUUGGGGAUCAAAGGAGCAGAUGAAGAAGAGUUGAGGCAAAUGGCAUCCACCCCUUACAACACUCACAUAUACACUGUCCCUGACUUUGAACUGAUCAAAAACGUGCAGAGAACCCUCAUCACCAAAGUGUGUGCCGCUGUUGAUGACCAGCUGAACUCUCUUGCAAGCGGGGAUGAAGUGAUUGAACCGGCCUCCAACCUGCAAGUGGCAGAGGUGUCUUCGACAUCCAUGAGGAUCACAUGGGAUGCUUCCUUGGGAGAGAUUACGGGCUACAAGCUGCAGAUGAUACCCAUGUUGGCUGGCAGCAAGCGCCAAGAGGUGUACGUCGGACCCACAAUGACCUCUGUGAAUGUUAGAGACCUAUCCCCAGAGACAGAAUAUGAGAUCAGCCUGUUUGCUGUCAGAGGCCUUACACCAAGUGAACCUGUUAUGGCCAUGGAGAAAACCCAACCAGUGAAGGUUUCCCUUGAAUGUUCUCUUGGAGUGGAUGUUAAAGCAGAUGUUGUUCUCCUCGUGGAUGGCUCUUACAGUAUUGGGCUGGCAAAUUUUGCCAAGGUUAGAGCUUUCCUAGAGGUACUGGUGACCUCCUUUGAUAUUGGACCAAACAAGGUCCAGAUCAGCCUGGUUCAGUAUAGCAGAGACCCACACACAGAAUUUGCAUUGAACACACACCACAACCUGGCUUCAGUGGUCAAAGCAGUGCGGACCUUCCCCUACAGAGGGGGUUCCACAAACACGGGCAAAGCCAUGACCUACGUAAGGGAGAAGAUCUUUGUGCCCGACAAAGGGGCACGCACCAAUGUGCCACGGGUCAUGAUCCUCAUCACAGACGGGAAGUCAUCGGAUGCCUUCAAGGAUCCUGCCGCCAGGCUCCGGAGCUCUGAUGUGGAGAUCUUUGCAGUGGGUGUCAAGGAUGCUGUUCGCUCAGAGCUGGAGGCCAUCGCAAACCCACCAGCGGAGACUCAUGUCUACACCGUGGAGGACUUUGAUGCUUUCCAGAGAAUAUCCAAGGAGUUGACACAAUCAAUCUGCCUAAGAAUUGAGCAGGAACUCCUCAAAAUUUUGCUGAAAAAUUUGCUCCCCCCCAAGUCACUGGAGUUCAGCGAGGUGACAUCACGCAGUCUCCGGGCUACAUGGACUUCUGAUGCCCCUAACGUUGAGUACUUCCUGAUUCGGUUCAGGCCUGCAGCGGACCUGACAGGAGACUAUGUGUCCAUCACUGUGCCAGGAGACACUUUCACCACUGUGCUGCCCAAUCUUACCCCCCUCACCACAUAUGAGGUGAACGUUUAUGCACAAUAUGAAAAAGGAGACAGCUUUCCUUUGAAAGGAGAGAACACGACUUUGGAGGAACAAGGAUCUGUGGGUAAUCUCUGGGUGUCCGAGGAGACAACAGACAGCUUCCGAGUUUCGUGGGAUGCAGCCCCCGGGAUGGUGGUCAGGUAUCAUGUGUCCUACAUCCCAGUGAAAGGAGAUGUGGAGAAGUUGGAGGCGGUCACUGUGGGCAGUGAGACCACCAUCGUGCUGCAGGAGCUCUUCCCCAUCACUACGUACCGUGUCUCUGUGUCACCAGAAUACCAGUCCGGUACUGGGCCUGAGAAGCACAUUGAUGGCACUACUAAAGAAGCCCGGGGCUCCCCUCGUGACCUGCGGGUGUUCGAUGAAACUGUAUCCAGCAUGCGGCUGAUGUGGAAGGCAGCGCCAGGGAAGGUCCAGAAGUAUCACCUGGUCUUCCAACCCGUUGCUGGUGGGGAGCGCAGGGAGAUUGCUGUGAAGGGUGAUAGCACGACAGCCCUGCUGAAGAACCUGAAUCCAGACACCGAGUAUGCACUGUCAGUCAGUGCACGGUACGCCUCCGGUGUUGGGGACCCUCUGGAGGGACGAGGGACCACUCUGGAAGAGCUGGGCUCUCCUCGAGACCUGGUGACGCGUGAUGUCACCGACACCAGCUUUGUUGCAUCCUGGACGGCAGCCCCAGGAAAUGUGCGGCUCUAUCGGGUCACCUGGCGCUCCCUGCUCACAGGGGAGACCGGGGAGAAGAUUGUCCCGGGGGACACAACCGAGACAAUGCUGGAGGGUCUGACGCCAGAGACCCGUUACCAGAUGUCCGUCUAUGCGACCUACAGCCGAGCAGAGGGGGAUCCACUGGUGGGGCAGGAGACCACAGAUGCUUCUACUGCUGUGAAGGUUCUCACAGUCUUUGACGAGACGGAGACAAGCAUGAAGGUGGCUUGGCAGCCUGCACCGGGCAGGGUGGCCAACUACAGGGUGACCUACUCACCAGUGGCAGGUGGCCGGCAAGUGGUCUCCAAGGUAUCAGGAACAACUACUUCGACGAUAUUGAAACGCCUGCAGCCCAAGACCUCUUACAGCAUCACAGUGCUGCCAGUCUACAAGCAAGGAGAAGGAAAAGCAAGGCAAGGAGUAGGAACGACACUGUCACCUUUCAAAGCUCCCAGAAACCUCCAAACCUCCGAACCCACUAAGACCAGCUUCCGGGUCACCUGGGACCCUGCCCCCGGGGAUGUGCGAGGCUACAAGGUCACCUUCCAUCCCAGUGGGAAUGAGGUGGAUCUUGGACAGCUACUUGUUGGGCCCUAUGAUAACACAGUGGUUUUGGAAGAACUUAGGGCUGGAACUAAAUACACUGUGAGUGUGUCUGGCAUGUUUGAUGGAGGGGAGAGUUUCCCAUUGGCUGGAGAAGAAAAAACCACCCUAAGUGAUGACCCUGAGACCCCCACUGUUGAUACACCAGACCUCCAGUGUAAGACUCAAGCCCAGGCGGACAUUGUCUUGCUGGUGGAUGGGUCAUGGAGCAUUGGGCGGCUGAACUUCAAAACCAUCCGGGCAUUCAUUGCCCGAAUGGUUGGUGUCUUUGACAUCAGUCCAGACCGGGUACAGAUAGGUCUUGCCCAGUACAGUGGUGAUCCAAAGACUGAGUGGCAUUUGAAUGCUCACAAAACCCGGGAAUCACUUCUGGAGGCAGUGGCCAACCUGCCCUAUAAAGGAGGCAACACCUUGACAGGUCUUGCUUUGAACUACAUCCUUCAAAACAACUUUAAAGAAAAUGUAGGCAUGCGGCCAAAUUCUCGUAAAAUUGGCGUGCUUGUUACCGAUGGCAAGUCACAAGAUGACAUCAUUGUCAGCUCCACCAACCUGCGGCAACAAGGCGUCGAGCUGUACGCUAUUGGUGUUAAAAAUGCUGAUGAGAAUGAGUUGAGGUCAAUUGCCUCUGACCCAGAUGAGAUCCACAUGUACAACGUGAACGACUUCUCUUUUCUACUUGACAUUGUGGAUGACCUCACUGUCAACCUCUGUAACAGCGUGAAGGGCACAGGAGGAGACCUGGAACCUCCCUCUAACCUGGUGACGUCAGAAGUGACCCACCGCUCCUUCCGCGCCACCUGGACUGCUCCCAGUGGCCCUGUGGAGAAGUACCGCGUGGAGUAUGUGGCCAUGUCUGGAGGUGAACCUCAACAGGUAUUCGUGGAUGGGACGGUGACCACCUUGGUCCUCGAAGGCCUGACCCCAGAGACAGAGUACAUUGUCAAUGUUUAUUCUGUGUCUGGAGAGCAGAGCAGCGAGCCGCUGAAAGGCACCGAAACCACCUUGCCUCUUUCCAGCGUGACCAGCAUGACUAUAUAUGACGAAGAACUGACCAAGAUGAGAGUGAGGUGGAAGGCUGUUGAUGGGGCUACUGGCUACAGGGUAUCCUACAGAGCCAUCAAUGCCACUGUGCCCACCGUUGAAAAGGAGGUGUUUGUUGGGCCGGAGGAUACAGCCAUCCAGCUGGUGGAGCUGAUCCCUAAUACUGCCUACAGCAUCUCCCUAUUUGCCCUGUAUGAUGAGACAGCCAGCAGCCCCCUGACAGACCAGGGCGUGACUUUGCCCUAUCCUGCAGGUGAGCUGAAGAUCACAGACGUCACCCACAGCUCUAUGAAACUCACUUGGGAUGCUGCACCCGGAAAUGUUCGCAAGUACACCAUCACAUAUAAGCCGGAGGAUGGAGAAAUCAAGGAGAUUGAUGUUGAAGGGGAUGUGACCACGACGGUUCUUGAGAGCCUCAGUUCCCAGACAGAGUAUGAUGUUGCAGUUACACCAGUAUACGAUGAGGGACCAAGCAACCCGAUGCUUGGACAAGCUGUCACAGAUGUUGUUCCCGCCCCAAAAAACCUGAGGUUCUCUGAGGUGACCCAAACGAGUUUCCGAGCCACAUGGGAGCAUGGAGCGCCUGAUGUGGCUCUCUAUCGACUGACUUGGGUCAAGAAGGGCGGUGGUGAACCACAACAUGUCAUCUUGGACAGUGAGGAAACUACCUAUGUUAUGGAUGAUUUGGACCCUGACGUCUUGUAUGAUGUGACCGUCACAGCCAUCUAUCCUGAUGAAUCAGAAAGUGAAGAUUUAAUGGGAAGCCAGCGAACAUAUCCUUCUGGACCUCCUCGCAACUUGCAGGUGUUCAAUGCCACAACCACUAGCCUGACGGUGAAGUGGGACCCUGCCCCAGGUCAGGUUCAGAACUACAAAGUGACCUAUGAACCUGCAGCCGGUGGAAAGUCCCUCUCUACCCAGGUUGGACCGAAGAGGAACACCGUGAUCCUGCAGAAGCUGACCCCAGAUACAGUCUACAACAUCAAUGUAGCGGCAGUGUAUGCUUCAGGGGAGAGCAAGGACAUCUCUGGCAGUGGAAAGACAAAGGCCUUGGGUGGAGUAAGGAACCUCCAGGUCACUGACCCCACCGUCAGUACGCUCAACGUGCGCUGGGAGCCUGCCGAUGGCAAUGUGCGCCAAUACAAGAUCAUGUACAUUCCCACGGCAGGUGGCACUGAAAUCACGGACCAAGUUUCUGGAAGCACAACUACUACUGUCCUUAAGAAACUUCAGCCAGACACUCUGUACACAGUUACUGUGGUGCCAGUGUACCUGGAGAGUGAGGGCAAGCCCCAGUCUGAAAACGGAAAGACAAAGGCUUUGGGUGGAGUAAAGAACCUACAGGUCACUGAUCCCACUAUGAGCACACUCAACGUGCGCUGGGACCCUGCUGAUGGCAAUGUGCGCCAAUACAAGAUCAUUUACAUCCCAACCGCAGGUGGCACCGAAGUCACGGACCAAGUUUCUGGAAGCACAACCUCUACUGUCCUUAGGAAACUUCAACCAGACACUCAGUACACAGUUACUGUGGUGCCAGUGUAUGCAGAUAGGGAGGGCAAGCCUCAGUCUGAAAAUGGAAAGACAAGGCCUUUGGGAGGAGUGAAGGGUCUCAGAGUCACGGAUCCUACCGUCAGCACACUCAACGUGCGAUGGGAACCUGCUGAUGGUCCCGUGCGAGAGUACAAGGUCUUCUACGUUCCCGCUGCGGGUGGUGAUGAAACCAUGGAACAAGUUCCUGGGAGCACAACCAACAUGGUCCUGAAGAACCUUCAACCAGACACGGUCUACACAGUGUCAGUGGUGCCAGUGUAUCCUGCAAGGGAGGGGAAGCGCCAAUCUGAAAAUGGGAAGACAAGGCCGUUGGGAGGAGUGAAGAAUUUGAGAGUCACCGACCCCACCAUCAGUACACUCAAUGUGCGCUGGGAUCCUGCUGAUGGCCUUGUUCGUUCAUACAAAGUCUUUUAUGUUCCUGCUGCUGGCGGUGAUGAAAGCAUGGAAAAAGUGUCUGGGACCAGCACUGUCCUCAAGAACCUUCUGCCAGACACGGUCUACACAGUGUCAGUGGUGCCUGUGUACCCAACGAGGGAGGGUAAACGCCAGUCUGAAAACGGAAAAACAAAACCCUUUGGUGGAGUGAAGAACCUGCAAGUCAUUGACCCAACCAUCAGCACUCUCAGGGUGCUUUGGGAACCAGCAGAGGGAAAUGUGCGUGAAUAUAAAAUCAUGUACACUCCAGCCACAGGGGGUCCAGACAAAACGGAGACAGUUUCUGGAAGUACGACCAGUACCGUCCUAAAGAACCUUCUCUCUGACACGGUUUACACGGUCACAGUGGUGCCUGUGUAUCCACCGGGUGAUGGCAAGCCUCAGUCGGAAAAUGGAAAGACGAAGCCUGUGGGUGGGGUGAAAAACCUGCAGGUCACUGACCCCACCAUCAGCACACUCAAUGUGCGUUGGGAUCCCGCAGAAGGGGAUGUGCGUCAGUACAAGGUCGUCUAUGUUCCAGCCACAGGGGGUCCACAGUUAGUGGAACAGGUUUCCGGGGGCAUGACCUACACCACUCUUCGCAACCUGCGUGCAGACACUCUGUACACUGUGACCGUUGUGCCUGUGUACACUGACAGCGAGGGCAAGCCUCAGUCUGAGAGCGAAAAGACAAAGCCUCUGGGUGGAGUGAAAAACCUCCAGGUCACAGACCCCACAAUAAGCACUCUCAACGUGCGGUGGGAUCCCGCGGAAGGGAACGUGAGGGAGUACAAAAUCUUCUAUGUUCCGAUUAAUGGAGACGUCGAGGACAUGGUUCAAGUGUCUGGAGGCACAACAAGCACUGUGCUUCGCACCCUCCAGCCAGAUACAGUGUACACCGUGUCUGUGGUGCCUGUGUACACUGAGGCCGAUGGCAAGCGCCAGUCUGAAAACGGAAAGACAAAGCCCUUGGGUGGGGUGAGGAACCUGAAGGUCAUCGACCCCACUGUGAACUCACUAAGGGUGACGUGGGAGCCAGCCGAGGGUGAUGUGCGGCAGUACAAUGUCUUCUAUGUCCCUACUACAGGGGGCCCCGAGCAGCUUGAGCAAAUUUCUGGACUCUCGACAAGCACUGUACUUCGGAACCUUAAACCAGACACAGCUUACAAGGUGUCCGUUGUGCCUGUGUACCCAGAUGUGGAGGGCAAACGCCAGUCUGAGAAUGGAAAGACCAAGCCCUUGGGGGGUGUGAAAAACCUACAAGUCACCGAUCCCACCACCAGCUCCCUCAGAGUCCGCUGGGAACCUGCUGAGGGAAAUGUGCGCCAGUACCGGAUCUUCUACGUGCCCACUGCUGGAGGCGCUGAGGACAUGGAACAAGUUUCUGGAGGCACGACCAGCACAAUCCUGCGCAACCUGCUCUCGGACACACUGUAUACGGUGACGGUGGCACCCGUGUAUCCGGAAGGGGAGGGCAAGCGGCAGUCGGAGAAAGGAAAGACAUUGGAGCGAAUUCCACCCCGGAACAUCAGGGUAUACAACCCCACACCCAACAGCCUGAAUGUCCGCUGGGAACCUGCAACGGGCCAGGUGCAGCAGUAUCGUGUUAACUACGCCCCGCUGACUGGAGUCCGCCCUUCAGAAUUUGUCUUGGUUCCAGGAAACACCAACACGGCAUUCUUAGACCAGCUCGUCCCAGACACCCCAUACUCAGUAGAUGUUGUGGCUCUUUAUGCUGAUGGACAGGGGACACCAGUGAAAAGUGAUGGCAAGACAUUACCACGGGCUGGACCCAGGAACAUGCGUGUUUUCGGAGCCACCACGAGCACGCUGAGCAUAUCUUGGGACCAUGCUGAGGGCCCUGUCCAGCAGUACAAGAUAUCCUAUGCUCCUUUGACUGGGGACCCUAUCACAGAGUUUACUGCUGUCCCUGGAAACAGAAACAAUGCUAUCCUGCAGAACCUUUUUCCUGAUACCCCCUACAAUAUUACCGUGGAGGCCAUUUAUCCUGAUGGGCCAGGGGGAAAACUGUCAGGGAAUGGAAAAACAGUUGGCCUCCUGGAGCCAAGGAAUUUGCGUGUCUCAGAUGAAUGGUACACCCGUUUCCGUGUGUCCUGGGACCCAGCACCAUCUCCAGUCAUGGGCUACAAACUAGUGUACCAACCCACAGACAAGGAUGAGACGCUGGAGGUAUUUGUUGGUGAUGUAACCUCAUACACCCUCCACAACCUGCUCCCGGGUACCACCUAUGACCUCAAAGUGUAUGCCCAGUAUGAUGCUGGCCUAAGUGGAGCCCUUGAUGGCCAGGGGACCACAUUGUAUCUGAAUGUCACCAAUCUGGAGACCUUCAACAUUGGUUAUGACAAAUUUUGUGUAAAGUGGAAUCCUCACAGAGCAGCCACUUCUUAUAGAAUCAAGCUGGACCCUCUCAACCCAUCUAGCAGUGGACAGCAGGAAAUCACUAUUACUGCUGGGAACACUCAGUACUGCUUUGAGGGUCUCUCUCCUGAUUCUCUGUACACUGCCACAGUAUUUGUUCAAACCCCCAACCUAGAGGGACCUGGGGUGGGCAUCACAGAGAAAACCUUGGUGAAGCCCACUGAAGCCCCGGCACAGCCUCCAACCCCACCUCCACCUCCCACCAUCCCUCCUGCUUGGGCAGUAUGCAAAGGUGCCAAAGCUGAUGUGGUGUUCCUUAUUGAUGGCUCUUGGAGCAUUGGUGAUGACAACUUCCACAAGGUUGUCCAGUUUGUUUUCAGUACCAUUGGUGCUUUUGACAUCAUUGGCCCAACAGGAAUGCAGGUGUCUUUUGUGCAGUACAGUGAUGAUGCAAAAACUGAAUUCAGGCUGAACACUUACCAGGACAAGGGCACAGUUCUGUCUGCUCUUCAUCUCAUUCGCUACAAAGGAGGAAAUACGAAAACAGGUAUUGCUCUUAAACAUAUUGGCGAGAAAGUCUUUGCUCCAGACAAUGGAAUGAGAAGAAAUGUGCCAAAGGUCCUAGUGGUUGUCACAGAUGGCCGCUCUCAGGAUGAAGUAAAGAAAAAUGCAGCCAAGCUGCAGCAGACCGGGUAUAGCGUGUUUGUGGUUGGUGUUGCUGAUGUUGACUAUUUGGAGCUCCAGAACAUUGGAAGCAAGCCCAAUGAAAGACAUGUCUUCGUUGUGGAUGACUUUGAUGCUUUUUCAACAAUUCAGGACAACCUUGUCACCUUUAUCUGUGAAACUGCCACCUCCAGCUGCCCUUUGAUUUACCUCAAUGGGUUCACAUCACCAGGCUUCAGGAUGCUUGAGGCAUUCAAUCUGACUGAGAAGACUUACGCAUCUAAUAAAGGAGUUUCUUUGGAACCUGGAUCGUUAAACAGUUUUCCAUCCUACAGGCUCCACAGAGGAGCAUUGCUGUCACAGCCCACAUCGCAAAUCCACCCUGAUGGUUUGCCACCAUCUUACACCAUCAUCUUAAUGUUUCGCCUCCUCCCUGAUACACGUACAGAGGCAUUUGACAUCUGGCAGGUAGCAAACAAGGACAAAAAUGCUGAAACUGGAGUCACCGUCAACCCUUCCAGCAAAACAAUAUCUUUCUACAACUUGGACACCCAGGGGAAGGUCCAGUCUGUGGCAUUUGAUAAUGAUAAAGUAAAGCAGAUCUUCCAUGGAAGCUUCCAUAAGCUCCAUAUAAUGGUGUCCCCAAAGAGUGUCAAACUCAAUGUGGACUGCCAGGAAGUAGCAGAAAAACAAAUACAAGAAGCCAGAAACAUCUCCACUGACGGCUACCAAAUGCUUGGUAGACUAGGCACAAAGCAAGAAUCAGAGACAUUCCAGCUCCAAAUGUUUGACAUCGUGUGCAGCCUAGGCUGGACCAGCAGGGACAGAUGCUGUGAUGUGCCAUCAAUGAGAGAUGAGUCGAAAUGUCCAGCUCUUCCCAAUGCGUGCACAUGUACAUCAGAGAGCACUGGCCCACCGGGACCUCCUGGUCCAGUGGGUGGGCCCGGCAGCAAAGGUCCUCGAGGGGAGAAAGGAGAGUCUGGCCCACCGGGUCCAAUGGGCCCACGUGGAGAUCUGGGACCACCAGGCCCCAUGGGACUACCAGGUCCACAAGGACCCAGUGGCUUGUCGCUUCCUGGAGAGCAAGGCCGUCCUGGACCCAAAGGGGAUCCUGGUGACUCAGGUCUUCCAGGACUCACAGGACCCCCUGGUCCUGCUGGUGCCAUUGGCCCUAUUGGACCAGCUGGAGUGAGGGGACCCCAAGGAAAGGAGGGACCUGCCGGACCACGAGGCCCACCAGGACCAAUGGGUCCACCUGGAUCUCCUGGAAUGCCUGGACCCAUAGGAAAACCAGGGAAAUCUGGUGACGCUGGUGUCCCAGGUGCACCAGGCCUGAAAGGCGAUAAGGGGGACAGAGGAGACUUUGCAUCUCAGAACAUGAUGCGUUCCAUUGCCAGACAAGUGUGUGAACAGCUGGUUAAUGGCCAGAUGGGCAGAGUUAAUCAAAUGUUGAACCAAAUCCCCAACGGUUACCGCAGUAACAAUCCUGGGCCACCUGGUCCUCCUGGAGCUCCUGGGAAUCAGGGUCCUCGUGGCGAAUCGGGCCCAGCAGGCCGAAAUGGAUUCCCAGGAAGUCCAGGUUUACCUGGGCCACAAGGAGAGAGAGGGCCAGCUGGGGAGAAAGGAGAAAGGGGAAGCCCUGGUACAGGACAGAGGGGAGAAAGAGGUUUAACUGGACCCCCUGGCCCACAAGGUGAAUCCAGAAUUGGUCCUCCAGGCCCUUCAGGUUCUCCUGGAUCUCGUGGUCUUCCAGGUCGCCAGGGCAUCGCUGGGGUCAGGGGACCACCUGGUCCGCCUGGCUACUGUGACUCGUCCCAGUGUGUUGGCAUUCCUUACAAUGGACAAGGAUACCCAGGUUCGGCAUAGUAAAUUUUCUAAGUUGCCUAUGCUGCUUUCACUAUGGAGCCCUGUUUCUGAAAUAUUUGCUCACACGCUUAAGAGCCCUUUAAAGGAUAACCACCACGGAUAAUAUUAAUGAACAUUGUUGAACGUCAUUAAAACAAUAAGGGAAACAAUGAAAAGGACUGGUACUAACAACACUUCCCAGCAACUAAAUCAGACAAGCAACGGCGAUGCCAGCAACACAGUGGCCCGUUUGCAUCUUGAAGCCAAACAGCAGACAGGCAGAGAGCUUCCUGAUGGAGAAGCAUGUAAAAAGCAGAAAAAGAAAAAACUACUAACAAGAUGGAUUCGUAACCAAGACAACAACUAUGUUAACAUGGUAACGCUGAGGUGAUACCUUGUAAAUAAACUAAUUUGUGCCUUGUAAAUGACAAUUGAAUCACAUCCACUAAAAUCAAAUAACAUAUAAUAAGCUUGUGCCUUGUACCCUGCUGCUUGCUGAAUGCCCCAUAACCCUUUAUUAUUUUAAUAAUAGCUAAAGUUAUGUUCCAAACUCUGCUCAGGGCCAGACUAAAGCGCCUGCAAUUAUACAUGUGACCAAAAAUCUGUGCCAAUCAUAUAUCUCCCAUAGUUGUUUAUUGUAUUUUUUUCUCUUGUUUAUGAAAUAAUCGUAGUGUUACCGCCAUCAGUGCCUUAGUUGUACGAGCAAAAGAAUCCCAAAUGUAGAGAAAUUCUGUUGGGAGAGUUUCUAGUUUGUUGUUUUUUUUUUUUUUUUCGAAGUUUU